AUGACCUCGGACACUCCACGUCGAGACCUCCGGGAGGUGGAGGCAGAACGCGUAUCCAAGCUCGAGCAGCGAGCAAUCUACAUGGCAGAGAAGCAGGCCGAACUUCAGAUCAUGCAGGAGCUGAGGUGUCGGAAGCAGGAGGACAAGACCCAGGCACUCAAAAGGCAAUGUGAAGCUCAGUUGCAGUCGGUGCAGCAAGCACGGCGCGAGGCCGCAGCCAAACGCAAUGCUCGGCGACAAGAGGUGAGCAGCCGGGCCAAGGAGCUCCAGGACGGCUUUGCCACGGCUCGGGAGGCGAAGGUGAACGGCCUGGAUGCCCGCCGGGCGCAAGCCAUCUCCCGGCUUCGUGCAGAGCAGGCGCAACGCCUGGAGGCACAGAAAAGCGACAAGUCCUCGAAGUCCAAGGAGCUGGCUGAGAGGCUCAAGUACGUCGAGGAGCAGCGAGAGUCAGCGAUUCAGCAGAAGCUACGUGCUUACGAGGCCCGGCAGGUUCGGCUGGAAAGCGAGCGGAGGGUGAAGGCAGAAGCCCAAGGCAAGGUGAAGCAGAUCCGCACCAAGUGCGACAUGUGGAAGACCUACACCAAAGAGAAGAUGGCUGCUGGAAAGCAUGACGAAGUGCUUGGAGAGAUCCGCGAUCGGCGGAUGAUGGGCUUGUCACCACUUUCUUCGCCGUCAUCGCCGCAAUUCUUGACGCCGGCUGAUGGCCUGGGCCGAGGAGGUGGAGGCCAGUUCCAACCGCCGAGCCGCUCCGAGGGAGGCAGCCGACCCAAAGGCCACCAGAUGAGCAGCCGAGGUGAAGCCGAGAGCGAGAGGUUUGCUUCAUUUGAGAAGGAGGACACCAGCCCCGCGCUCGGAAGGUCUCUACGAGAGCUUGAUGAACGUCUUCGAGUCGAAGGUCUCAGCUCGAUGCCCGAACGAGCGAUGAGCGAUGAGCCCUGGCGCUCCCCAGCGUGCCGGACUGAGAUGAGUUUGAGGGAGUACAAGAAGGACAAUUGGUGGCACACUACAGCUGGCAUUUGGGGAAUGUACGUGAUCUUCAAGAUCUUUGGGCCUUUCGGUGCCGGCACCUCAAUGGUGCUCUCAGUACUGAUCGGUGCGCUCUACGAUGAAUGGGCCGAACCGAACACGCAGUACUCUGCUCUCGCGCACCUCCUGGGCGUGAGUGGCGAGGUUUGUGGUGGAGCUGGCGGCUGGAUCAUGUCGUACUGCAUCGGUCGAGAGAUCCUCUUGCACUUUGCCGCCGAGAAGAUGGCGACAUUGAAGCAGGAGAUGGACAAGUUCCAGGGCUCCAUGUUUCGGUACAUGUUCUUCCUGCGCGUGUCGCCGCUGUUCCCCAAUUGGUUUGUGAACUACGCAACUGCCAUGAUUGGAAUGCCUUUCUCGUAUUUUCUGGUUGCUUCUACGCUGGCCAUACAGCCCGCUGCCUGCAUGUCGAUUGCCAUGGGAAGCAUGCUUCGUGAUGUUGGUGAGAGUGGCCUGGACUUGGUGAAGCUGGCCAAGCGGGGCGGCAUGAUGGCGACGACCAUGGCGGUGCUCUCGCUGCCCUUGAUUCCGGCUGACGAUUGGGCCAAAGGCCUGGCGCGAGCGAAGAAGAUGUUGGGGAUGAAGGAGUCGGACUUUGAUUCGCUUUGCGUACAGGUGUGCGAUCGCGUGCGUGUGUGUCUAGGUAGAAAUGUGACAUGGAUCUACGGUAUACGUGUGGCAGGUAGGUUGGUAGGUGAUUUUUUCUGUGCUGUGUGUAUAACAGCGACGGAGGUAGGUCAGGAGUUGAGAAGCAAUUGGUCGAGCUGA